AUGGGGAGGAUCGGGGUGGGGGCGAUGGCGGUGGUGGGGUUGGUGGCGGUGGCGGCGGUCGCGGUGGCGGGGGUGGCGGUGGGCAGGAGGGUGAGGAGCGGGAGGAGGUGGAGGAGGGUUUUGGGAGUGUUGAGGGAGCUCGAGGAGUCGUACGAGACGCCGGUGGGGAGGCUGAGGCAGGUGGUGGACGCUAUGGCCGUCGAGAUGCACGCGGGCUUGGCCUCCGAGGGUGGCUCGAAGCUCAAGAUGUUGCUCACUUUCGUCGAUACUCUCCCCAAUGGGGAUGAGAAAGGAAUUUAUUAUGCACUUGAUCUUGGGGGCACCGAUUUUAGGGUCCUCCAGGUUCAGCUGGGAGGCAGAAGAUCCUCAAUCUUGCCUCAUUCUGUGGAACAACAAAGCAUUCCCCAAGAUUUGAUGACCAGUACGAGCGAGGAUCUUUUUGACUUUAUAGCCACUUCAUUAAAGGAAUUUGUUGAGAGAAAAGAGAACAGUUCUGGAUAUUCACCAGAGAAAAGAAGGGAACUUGGAUUCACGGUCUCAUUUCCUGUGAAGCAAACUUCUGUUUCAUCUGGGAUUUUAAUGAGAUGGACACGGGGAUUUGCCAUUCAUGACAUGGUUGGAAAAGAUAUUGCUGAAAGUUUACAACUGGCAUUGACAAGGAAUGGCCUAAAUAUGCGAGUUGUAGUGUUGGUGAAUGACAUGGUUGGAACACUAGCUCUAGGACAUUAUCACGAUCCAGACACGGUUGCUUCAGUGGUCAUUGGAACGGGUACAAAUGCCUGCUAUGUUGAGCGAACAGAUGCAAUUAUCAAAUGCCAGGGUCUUGUUACAACUUCUGGGUUUAUGGUUGUGAACAUGGAAUGGGGAAGUUUCUGGUCUUCUCAUCUACCGAGAACUUCUUAUGAUAUUGAUUUAGAUGCUGAGAGUCCCAACCCCAACGAACAGGGUUUUGAAAAAAUGAUAUCUGGAAUGUAUCUGGGAGAAAUUGUGAGGAGAGUGAUCCUCAGGAUGUCCCAAGAGUCUGAUAUUUUCAGUGCUUUUUCAUCAAAAUUGUCAAUUCCAUUCAUUCUGAGAACUCCAUUAAUGGCCGCCAUGCACGAAGAUAACUCCCCAGAUUUGAGAGAAGUAGAUGAAAAAUGGAGACAGAUGCUGGAAGUCCCGGAAGUCCCUAAAAAAGUACGGAAGCUGAUUGUGAAGGUAUGCGACAUAGUAACCCGCAGAGCUGCUCGCCUGGCUGCUGCCGGUAUUGUGGGGAUCUUGAAGAAAACAGGUCGGGAUGGUGGAAGCAUCACCGGCAGCAGAAGUAGAGGAGAUGCCAGGAUGAGAAGAACGGUUGUGGCGAUAGAAGGCAGUUUGUACACCAGCUACACCAUGUUCAGAGAAUAUCUGCAUGAAGCCCUGAGAGAGAUCUUGGGGGAAGACAUCGCACAACACCUCGUUCUUGAAGUCACCGAAGACGGUUCAGGCCUCGGAGCCGCCCUCCUUGCGGCCUCGCAUUCGUCGACACCACUGCCACCCAACACUGUGGAUAGCGUACAGAUGCCUUAGAACAUCACAAUUUGUUCAUAUUACAGGCCUUGUAAAUUCAGUGCAUUCCCAUCUUGCAUUUCUUGAAGUUUAGGUAUAUUCUGUUCAUAUUACCAUAUGUUCAUUGGAUUGGCUUUGUUCUGUUGUAUAUUAGUGCUCCAAUUUUGAAUGACCUUGUGAUAAAGAUUUGAUUCUCUCUGCAAA